CCGCCCGUGCGGUGCUGCGGCGGGCGCGACGGAAACUGGAGUGCAACGGACAUAAAAGACGAGGCGCUGCAGCCCCUCUGCAUCGCGUGCCGCCGCGCCCUGGUCCAGCAGGGCCGUGAUGCUGCAGUAGUCGCCGCGCCGGCUGUAGCAGCAGCAGCAGCAACAGCAGCAGCAGCCUCCACCACACCAUCAUGCCCAUCAACAGCAUGCGCUACAAGGUGACGGACGCCAACGGCAGGACCUCUCCGGCGCACCUGCAAGACAUGGGACCCAGGGACGACACGGGCUGCUCCAAGCGGCCGUCGCGGUCCUCGCGCGAGCUGCGCCUCGUCGUCCUGGCCGUGCUGCUGGCCGCCGCGGCCGUCGCCCUCCUCGCCGCGGUCACCCUCCUGGCCGCCUACAGUGAGUACCCACCCACCAGUCAUUACCAGGAGGAUAAAGAGGCGAUAAAUUACGUUUACACCGAAAGAAAGAGCGGUGGCGGCGGGGCCGGAGGCAUUUUUGCAAUUCCAAUUAUGCCUUUUCUAAUUAAUGAGGACAGAGUAUUCCCGAUCCUCCGGGCUGCUGACCCGUCUACUUUGAAUUCGAAGGGGACGCGGAGUUAUAAUGAAGAGAGAUUUUUUGUGAUUUUUUUCUUACGGGCCAUCCCGAGACAACUUGUACAGUACUGUGUGUAG